GUAACUCGAUGUAUUCAAUGGACCGUUUUGAAUUUUGUUCUACACACAAGAAUGAACAAGGUGUCUGUUCAUAGUCACAAAGUUGUUUUGCGUAAAAAGUGUGCUUACAAAAGUAUGCAGUGUAUUCGGAAAAAUUGAAACUUGAUCAGGCGGACCUAAAUAAUUACGUAAUACGGUUUCGAGCAACAGAAUAGAUUUUACAAUAAACAAUGGAGAUGAAAUCGUCAACAGAGUCUGUUAUUUCGCAAAUGCCGAACGGAUCCAAGUAUUUUCAUCCGGUGGAUUAUGUUGUAUUUUCCAUCAUGCUGAUGCUUUCUGCUUCCAUCGGAGUUUAUUUUGCUGUUCAAGCUCGGAGAACAAAAGCAACUUCGUCAGGAGAUUACUUGAUGGCUAGCAGGAAAAUGACUCACGGACCGGUUUCGUUCAGUCUGCUCGCUAGUUUUAUGUCAUCAGUCACUAUUCUGGGUUUGCCAGCUGAAUAUUAUAUGUUCGGAACAAUGUUUACAUGGUUUGGAUUGAUAUAUCUUCUACAACCUCUCAUCAUAACUUCGAUUUAUCUGCCAGUAUUUUACGAAUUGGAACUUGUUAGUGCGUACGAGUAUUUGGAACUACGGUACAACAGAUUAACAAGACUUUUGGUCACAGUUUUGUAUCUUGUUUUAUCAACGUUGUACGGUGGAAUUGUUACAUACGGACCAGCACUUGCUUUGAGUAAAGUUACAGGACUCAAUAUGUGGGGAUCCAUAAUAUGUACUGGAGGUGUUUGCAUGUUUUAUACCACUUUGGGUGGAUUAAAAGCGGUCAUUUGGACGGAUGUUUUACAAUCAAUUAUUAUGAUAUCAGGGUUUUUAGUUGUUAUCAUACAAGGGAGUAUCAAUCUUGGAGGAUUCUCGAAUAUCUGGAAAGAAGCAGUAAAUGGAGGACGUAUCGAUUUUGUUCAUUUUGAAAUAGAUCCUCGGAUACGUCAUACAUUCUGGACCAUUCUUAUUGGCGGAAGCGUUCUGAACGCAUCAGUGAACGGUUGCAAUCAAUCACAAAUUCAAAGAUAUGUUUGUUGCCGCACAAAGCGAGAUGCCAGCAUUUCAAUUUUCACUUCUGCUAUUGGUUUGAUUAUCAUCAUGAUAUUAGCGGGAAUGACCGGAUUAACAAUAUAUGCGAUAUAUAAAGAAUGUGAUCCUAUCAGUAGUGGUGAAGUUGACAAAGCUGAUCAGUUGUUUCCCUACGUCAUAAUGGACAUUGUUGGACACUUGCCAGGAAUACCAGGACUAUUCGUUGCCGCAGUUUUCAGUAGCUCUUUAAGCACAAUUUCGUCCGGUAUCAAUGCCAUGGCAUGUGUGACAUUGGAAGAUUUCGUUCGGCCUUCAACGAACUGGACAGAAAUGAAUUAUACACGGAUUUCAAAAGUUUUUGUAAUCCUAUACGGAGUGUUAUACAUUUUUGUUGCUUUCUUGGCUUCACAAAUAGGUGGACUUAUCCAGAUGUCUUUUACCGUUCACGGCACAAUCGGUGGUCCCAUUACGGGAAUUUUCACGAUCGGAAUGUUGGCGUCAUGGGUGAACAGCUGGGGUGCAUUAUCGGGAAUUUUUGCCGGCUUGUUCUCCACAAUGUGGCUUUUCGUCGGUAGUAGAUUUUACCCUUCUCCACCCAAAUAUACUAGACCGCUAAAUCUAUAUACCGAUGGAUGUAUAGAACAAGAUCUGUUUUCAACAGCCAGUGUGACGAAUGUUAACACAAGUUAUGAAGGAAUGGGAGAAACUUCUGCAGAUUACGAUACAUCGACUACAAAUUACAACCUCGUAACUGAGCUAAGCAACGACAGACCUCCAAUUGCUGAAUUUUAUGCUUUGUCGUAUCUUCAUUUCGCAACUGUUGGAUUUUUGACAGCGGUGUCGGUGGCAAUGAUUGUCAGUCUUUUAACAGGUCGAACAAAAAAACGGCCACCUGGUGAUGAAUUACUGGUUCCUUUCAUGAGAUCAGGAGAAAUUCCCAAAAAAGAAAACUUAGAGAAAACAAGUCGGGUCGAAGGGGCGGAACGUUCAAUGAGCUGGGUAUCACCAGACAAAUUGCUGAUACACAAGCAAGAAGAAACAGAAAAUGCACCAAAAGGCACAACGACGUUUUCAAAGAAUCCUAACAUGAAGGAUAAUAAUGCAGACGAACAGAUGGUUCUUCUCAAGGAAAAUUCACUAUCAGAUGCAUCAGAAGAGGUUUUUGAAAGUGAAUCGCGAGUUUGAUGCCUACUCUCAAUCAAUCAUCUUUCCACUUACUACCUCUUAGCUAGAUUGCCUGGGUGAAAAGCUGGUAGAUGACACGGUUUUCAAAUAAGGCUGAUGAAUCUCGACUUAUUUCUAUUUAGCGUCAGAUGUGUACCAUGACCUGAAUGUACUCGAUAUGAGCAGUUCGCCGAUGUUUCCAUAGGUACAGACUUUUUCUUUACAGAUAAUGGCCAAAUUUCAAAAAUUCUAAGACAUUGUGAUAUUAUAAAAAUGGUAUUAUGAUAAAACACAAAUGUUACAAAAGUCUUACGAUAUAAUAAAAAAUUGUCAGGUUCCAUAGUUUUACGUGAUCACUAUUACGGUUUGGGAAGCCUCGUAUGUUGCAUUUGUCUACAGGGAAACAAAUAAAACUAUAAACAAAGGUAAUUGCACUAAGCUUGGCGUUAGGCAGUGUAUUACAGAAAGAACGGCGAUAUCGGCUGAGCAAUUUCAAAUUAUAUUACAAUGCAUCAAGCCAAGAACCAGUUCGAAACCAGUCUAACAAAUCGCAUGAAUUUGAAAUUAUAUCACCCAGACAACAUAAUCAAGCUAACGAUGAUUGCGUAAGCCGUAAAAUAAUCCGAAAUUUGAUGGACGUUUCCCAGACCUUUAACCCCUGAAACAUUCUUCCUUUGCUUUACUAUCGUCAAAUUUUUAAUGUUUAUUUUGAGAGUGUUUCUUCCGGUUGUCGCUUACAAACUGGUUUACAUGCCUAAAAUCACCAUUCUUAUUAAAAAUAUUCAACGACGUGUCGCUUACGGGUACUGAUAGCCGAUCUUAGGCCAGUCUAUCGCAUCAUUUUCGGGACUAAUUUUUGAUUAUUGCAAAUAAACUAAAGAUCGUUGGAAGACAUAUUAACGAAUGAACGAAUCACUAAUUUUCGGAAACACAACUAAAAACUGACAAAUAGCCGGCAAAUUCACGAAGACGAGGAAAUGUUACAAUCAUGCUUGAAUAAAAGAUGUGUCCGAGCGUCCCCUCAAACUGCAGUUGUUACGUCAUGGUUGACGAUGGCAAUUGUUACG